AUGUCUUCAAAAUCCUCUUGGCUGAGACCAUCAAGAGCCUAUCAACGUCAAAUGGGUGCAAGUGACCAAUUGCCAUUUCUGGCAAGGUCACGAUUUAGUGCUUUGCCACAUUUCCGCCCCAACAAAGGUCAUGAGGGCGAUGAAAAUCUCUCGCUCUUCAUAGCCAUACUCUAUGUGGUGGAUAUGUUUGGAGUAUUCCCAUUUGUCACCCUGCCAGCAUUGUUGGUGGAAUUGGGAUUUUUCGGGAUACCAUUGGUCAUAUCAGUGGUGGUAUUACAAAUUUAUACCUCGUUUUUGUUAAGUGAAUGUUGGACCAUGGCCGAGGGUUUGGAUUCAUCGAUUGUGCACAAAAGCAGGUACCCCUAUGCUGCCAUUGCCAAUUUGGCCUAUGGACGUUAUUGUGGAUUUUUUGUCACGAUUCUCUUGGACUUGAGUAUUUUUGCUGCCGGUAUUCCGAAUAUUGUCAUGGCUGCCCAGAAUUUGGAAUUGGUGGGUGAUCGCAUAACCGAUGGUGAAUUUCGUUUUUCAUUUUGUUAUUGGACGAUAAUUGUGGGUGUUUUCAUCAGUCCAUUGGUUUGGUUGGGUAGCCCAAAGCAUAUGAGGGGCUUGGCCAUCUUAUCUGUCUGUGUUAUGAUUGUUAUUGUCACGCUUAUGUGGUUCUGCCUGUUCUCGGCCUCACCAAUUGGUAAACCCUUUGAAGGUGUUAGUUUGGAAUUACCACCUUUCUUAACCAUUCUAAGUGGUUACAGUAUUUUGGCAUUCCAGUUCGAUAUCCAUCCGAUGCUGUUGACUCUGCAGAUUGAUAUGCAACAGAAAAAUCAAGUCGCCUGGGCUGCAUUCAGUGGAAUAUCUAUCACCUGUUCCAUGGCGAUAAUUGGAUCUGUCAUUGCUGCGUACAAAUUUGGAACCAUGAUUGCGGAAAAUCUCCUGGAAACAUUGCCGAGCAGUGUGCCACUAUAUAUUCUACUUGUGCUGAUGGCUUUGCAGUUGUGUUUUUCCACAACGGCCGCCAGUGCGGCUUUGUUUUUGCAAUUGGAGAAUUUUUUCAAAAUCUCAGAAAAUUUCUCUUUGAAACGCGUGGCGAUACGCACCUCUGUUGUGGCAUUGCAAGUAAUUAUUUCUGAAUUUUUACCCAGUUUUGAUGCUCUAAUGGAUAUUGUGGGUGGUACCAUAACGGGACCAUUGGUCUUUAUUCUACCACCGUUGCUCUACAGACGUAUGGUUCAAUUGGAACGUUGUCAUCAACGGAUAGCCACAGAAGCUGCAUAUGGUAGCCUACCGUUAGAUUUAAAUUAUGAACCUAUGGAUGGUCCACCACCACAUUUUGAUCGUAGUGCACGCCGAACCUGGGCGGCAAUGUUGGAGAUUUGUUGGUUGCGAACCGUGUACACAUUUAAUCGUUUGCAGUGUGACUUAUCGUUGUCGAUGGCAGUGUUGAUUUUCGGUAUAUUGGCGACAUUCUUUUCAACCUACUUGAAUUUAUUCGAAUUGAAUCAGUUGUUUACAAAUAAUUCUCCAUGUUUUGGGAAUAUUACGAAAAGGCAUUAA